ACUUCUUAGAUUCGAAAGGCCAAAGGGGAGCUGUGCUUUUCCUGGCUCACUAGGAUACUGAACAAAAACCUGGGACAGAAUUUUCCCAUUUUCAGUUAAGGUGUUUUAUUGAGUGCUUGGAGUGUGCUCUAUGAACGUGUAAUGUAGACAGAAGCUGACAGUCUUAAACUCUCGUCGGUAGCGCUGCGUGCGAUGCCAACUGAACACCUUUCGGGAUCCACGGCAACACUUCCACCCGCAAAUUCCAAUGAGGAUUUAAUAGAAUUUGAAGAGGUCAAGUUCCACUUAGCAGCAAAAGAACAGGUGAUCCAAAAUUUACAAAGCCAGCUUCGAGAAGCCGUUUAUCUACAACAACAAUCAAAAUAUGAGAUCAUUGAUAAGGAACAAAAAAUUCAAGAUUUACAGGACACCAUAACUGAACUGCAUAAUGAAAUGGCCAUAAAAGAUUCAGAAAAUCUGAAUCAGCUGCAGGAUAUACACCACCUGGAGAGUAAGGUCAAAGCCUUGAAACAAGAGCUAUGGCGAUCAGAGGAGUCUUUUACUCAACUGAAGAAAGACUUGGAAGAAGUUCGACUUGGUCCCAACAGUGGUUUAAAAGAUACAUAUCUUGGAUGUUCUCACACAACUGUUCAAGAGAACCAAACUCAAUCCUUCAGGGCCACAAGUCUACUGAAAACUGAGCUCGAGCGACGUGAUGGUACAAUACUGAAUCUCCGUAAAGAGGUCCUCCUUUUACAAGAGAAGCGAGAUGGGUUAACAACUGAGUUGGAUGUACAGGAAAGAAGGAUUUACCAUCUGCAGGCAGAGCUGAGAGAAGGAGAAGCUAAGCUGGAACAAAAGCAGAGCUGCCUGCAACAGCUGAAAGAAGAGCUGGAUACCACCAAAAAACUGCACAAAGAUGCUCAAGAGCAGGCAGAAGAGACCAAGUUGCAGUUAGAAGGGGUGCAAGCUGAACUGAAGACCAUGAAAACCAAAUAUAAUCUUGCAAUAAACGAGGUAUGAACAAUAAAUUGGAACUUUGAAAAUCAGAAAAUAUAUGUAAUGUGUAGUCAUGUGCUAUCAUUAAUAAUCAUUGUGAACAAAUUUAGCCUUUUUUUACCUGCAUUAAAGCUGAGAUAAUUGGAUAUUUGAUGAAACAAAGGUUUUUCAUGUAUUUGAUAUCAGUUAAGCUGUACGCUAUUCAUUGUCUUGUUCACCUGUCUGGUCUGAUGUGUCUUUGAGGCAGUCAUUGCACUUUGAGUCAGUUUUAAUGUCUGAUAACAUUCUAAUAUUUUAAGGGUGCCAUUUUGAAAUUAUGCCGCCUGUACAAUGUUAUAAUGUGAGCAGGUGUGAACAUGUAGUCAAAGAGAGCCACCAACUGGGUGUUAUGUGGUAUCACAACAGGGAUGACAACUUUUUAAAUUUCACAGUGGAUAUUAGACAUAAGUACAGAUUUAGCUUUUGAAAUUUAUGAUGAUCACAUAGAAAUUAGAAACAAUGUUUCAGAUUUUGUCAAUUCAUAUGUUGAUGAUUGGAACUAGUCUUAU